CAAAAGGCAUUUAGCUUCCUCCAAACAUCAUAACACACACGUUGUGAGAACUGAACACCUUUUUUACGGUGACACAGGAACUAAAGCAACAUCGUCAGGAUGUCCAACAAAAGGAAACCAAUAGUAACUUCAGUAUUUUACAACAAACCACCGAUGGUGCAGGAAUUGUACACUGGUUACCUGCUCAAGUCUCCACCUUCAUCGGUCCUGACUAAAAACACUAAAUCAUGGAAGCGUCGUUUCUUUGUGCUCUCCAAAAUAAGUGAAGACGCCUACCAGCUGACAUAUCUUACAAACAAUGAAAGAAAAGAGAUAGACCUUUCUAAGAUCAGCCUGCUGUUUAUUGGCCCUGAGACACAUCAGAAGUGGGACUGGAUCCAGAAAAACUUCAAGUGUUCACCGUCCUCUGUGCUGUUCUUCAAAGUGGAAGAAGACACAGCAAAACACUCUAGAGACUAUUUCCUCAUUGGAGAAAACAGUGAUGAUGUGGAUGGUUGGCUAAAUGCCUUAAUCAAAGUACUAAAAACCCAGAACUCACAAAAUACAUUUCAGGACAACAGAUCUAGAGCAGCAUCUGAACCUGUGACAAGUUCGGAACCAAAGGCUGAGGAUCAGCCUGAUGGCAGACGAUCAGCACCUGAACUAAUGUUAACUUACCCGUCACCGUACAGCCAUUAUGACUACCCUCGCAGGCUUAGUGAACCUCCAAUACCAGCAGCUCUUAAGAUUCCAGUUAUUGAGGAAAAAGAUGAGAAGGAAGAGAUGCAGGAUGAAUCUUCAGAGGAAAGUGAAUACAUGUGCAUGGAAUUAUUGCAAAAAGCUUUAAAAGUUGACCAACAGGAGGCGGACACUACAUGCAUGCAGAAAAACACUUCUAUUAAUGGUCACAAGUCCUCUGCCUGCAAUGGUGCAGUCAACCAGAAUAAGGACAAUGAAAAUAAACGUGAAAUGCACACACAUGUUGAGAAGGAGAUCUGCGUUAGUCAAAAUGAUCUGAAAAACAGUCUGAUCUUGACUCAGGCAGAGGGCAAACCAUGUGUCUCUGACUGUCGGAAGAUUCAGGAUUCGUGUCUCUUCCAUAAGGGGGAUCAGAUCCUGGCCUUCAAUGACCUGCUUAUAGACACAGUCGAAGAGAUACAAACAUACUUAAGACGACUAAGCAAGGAUGAGGUAAAACUCACUAUUCGGCGGCUUAUAGGAUCCCAGCCUCUGCACUCUGCACCCUGCCCAUCAUAAUAAAGACAUGAAAUAAAAUCUCAUGUGAAUUCACCAUUAAGACAUGAGAAAUGUGUCUGUGGGACAUUACAGAUCAUUCAAGUCAAAUCAUACAGGUGGAAAACAAGGUGUAAAUGAAGAACAGAAGAGCCAGACAGGUUAUCCAAAGUAGCUUGUCCUCUUUAGAUGUGUCUUUAAAAUGUCAAAUUUGUGAAAAAUGAGUGAAAGAAAAGUAACAUUUAGGCUGUAUAUAUGUACAUGAAACUAUGUGAGUGGUAACGGGUGUAUUAGUUCACAUGUGUUACUGUGAAGAACAAGAGUCAAGUAUUACUUUAUAAUAAGUAUGAAGGUUAAUUCACAUUGAAAAAUGCACAAUUCUAAACUCUUCACGUAUUUUAACCUGUUUAAAGAUGCAGUAUGAGGUACUUUAUAUACUGUGUAUAUACAUCUUUUCUGUCAUUGUGUAUUUGUUUUGCAAAGCUUUUAACCAAUCAUAUAUUGCUCCAAGUUAUUAUGUAUUGAUUCAAAUGUUUCAGACACUCUUUAGACUGAUGAUUACUGAAUAACAUGUAUCUUAUGUAAUGUUACACAUGAAUUAUGUUGUAAAAUAGCAUGUAUUUGCACUUUGUUACAA